UCCCAGGGAAUUGAUUAAUUUAAUGAUCAGAAUCAAAAGGAGUGAAGAAAACUAAUCAAUAAGCAAAUAGCAAUUUAGCUUAACAAUUAAAUGUUGAUCACCAGUGGGAAACAAAAACUAAGGUGACGAAAGUUAAUUGUUGUUAAUACUCAUUGGUAGCCAAUCGGUGUGAGUAAAUUUUACAGUUAGAAAAUGAUUUUUGGUAAACAAUUAAAAGGUCAUUUAAAUUUGAUUUGUUUACUAUCAGUGACGGUGAUACUUUCUAAUCAACCCUUGACCAUCGUUGGUCAAGAUUUGAAUCAAGUUUGUUAUGAAAUAUUUGGUUGUUUCACUUGGACAAAGUUUAUAUUUUUCACUCCUGAUUCACCUGAAAAAAUUGGUGCAACUUUUAGGAUUUACAAUUUAUCCGAUGUGACCACUGGCGAUCGGACAAUUAACUAUCACAAUUCAGUUAAUUACGAUCUGUUUGACAAUUCAACUUCGGUUGUUUUCAUAAUCCAUGGGUGGCUUGAUGAUGGUCAAGAAUCUUGGUACAGGACAAUGUUUAAACCGCUUCUGGGUAAUUAUGAUCUUCUUGUUUCCGUUGAUUGGUCUAAAGGAGCUUCCGGCUUAUUGUAUCCAAAAAAUGUCGCUAAUUGUCAAUUAACUGGACGGGAAAUUGGUUAUUUACUUUAUCGUCUCAACUCUGAACGUGGUCUCGAUCUUGGGAAAGUUCAUCUUAUCGGCUUCAGUCUCGGUGCUCAUAUCGCUGGACUUGCUGGACGUUGGACUAAACAACAAUAUGGGUUAACUGUUGGUAGAGUUACAGGUUUGGAUGCUGCUGGGCCGUUAAUUGAUGGAACGAUUAUCCAAUUGAACAAGACGGAUGCCGAUUAUGUCGAUGGAAUCCACUCAAGUUCAGGUUCGAUUGAAGGAAUUGUCCUUGGUCGUUUGGGAACUAAAAUUCCGUAUGGGCACAAAGACUUUUAUCCUAAUGGAGGUUCAGAUCAACCUUUCUGUCCAUUCCCUUGGUUGGAUAUGAAAUGUCGUCACUAUGCAGCGAUUAAGUUUUUCACUUCCUCAAUAGAUCAGUGUGAUUAUCAGUCGAGCAAAUGUGAUUCCUGGAAACAAUUUACUUCCGGUGAUUGUGAUGAUCAAUCUACAAUUAAAGCGAGAAUGGGAUUAAAAAGUAAUCUAGAUGAUGGUGAGGGCUCAUUUUAUCUUAAAACAGGCAAAGAGUAUCCUUAUUGUUGAUUAUUAUUAGAAAGAAAUUGUUUACUGAUCAACUUUUUUUCCUAUUCUUCUUCAAGUGACUUUAAAAGUCUAAUCAGUCUACUGAUAAUGUUAAUCAUCAGUAAACUUUAAAAAAAAAAUGUCAUCUCUUA